UGCCCGGCAGAUAGUGUUUUAUGCGAUACGAAGUUGCAACGCGGCUGUGGUAAGUGCGUGAAGCCAAAAGAUCGCGAGCUGCAGUGCAGCGACCGUCGAUGGCGGAACAUUUGCCUGGAGCCGAAUCAUUUUCAGUGUGCUACAACAGAAAACUGCAUUUUACCUCAAUGGAUCGCGGAUGGCGUGGACGACUGUGCCGACGGCUCAGAUGAGGACCUGUGCGCGUUGGGACUGCCGGGUUGCAAUGAAACAAAAAUUCAGCAGAUCACGACAUCUCCUUUUGAUGUCGACAUCGGGCCAAAGGAGGGCUGCUCAGACGGUGAAUUUCGAUGUAUGAGUACGAAUGAAUGCAUAUCGGUUACUAACGUGCUGGACGGUGAGGAACAAUGUGCCGACGGCAGCGAUGAAAGUCCGCAUUAA